AUGGGGCCUCAUUCUGUGAGCGCACUGAUCACCCCGGAGUCCGGGACUGAGUCUCCCCGGACCCUCAGCUGCGGAGAGGGUGGCGGUGGCAACGAGUUAGCUUUAUACGUCUACGAAUAUUUACUGCACGUAGGAGCACAGAAAUCUGCACAGACCUUCUUGUCAGAGAUUCGAUGGGAAAAAAACAUCACGUUGGGAGAACCGCCUGGGUUUUUGCACUCGUGGUGGUGCGUAUUUUGGGACCUUUACUGUGCAGCUCCUGAAAGGCGAGACACUUGUGAACAUUCGAGUGAAGCAAAAGCCUUUCAUGAUUACAGCGCAGCCGCCGCCCCGAGCCCCGUGCUUGGCAACAUUCCCCCCAACGAUGGGAUGCCGGGAGGCCCCAUCCCGCCAGGUUUCUUUCAGGGUCCUCCGGGGUCACAGCCCUCGCCGCACGCACAGCCUCCACCUCACAAUCCCAGCAGCAUGAUGGGACCCCACAGUCAGCCUUUUAUGUCACCGCGAUACGCAGGCGGCCCCAGGCCCCCGAUCAGAAUGGGAAACCAGCCUCCAGGGGGAGUUCCUGGGACCCAGCCACUGCUGCCCAAUUCCAUGGAUCCCACCCGACAACAAGGGCACCCCAACAUGGGAGGAUCAAUGCAGAGAAUGAACCCUCCCCGAGGCAUGGGACCCAUGGGGCCCGGCCCACAGAAUUACGGCAGCGGCAUGAGACCACCACCCAACUCCCUCGGCCCCGCCAUGCCCGGGAUUAACAUGGGCCCCGGAGCUGGCAGACCUUGGCCAAAUCCUAACAGUGCUAACUCAAUUCCAUACUCCUCCUCGUCACCUGGUACCUACGUGGGACCUCCUGGUGGUGGUGGCCCUCCAGGAACACCCAUCAUGCCUAGUCCUGCAGAUUCAACAAAUUCCAGUGACAACAUCUACACAAUGAUUAAUCCGGUGCCGCCUGGAGGCAGCCGGUCCAACUUCCCGAUGGGUCCAGGCUCGGACGGCCCGAUGGGAGGCAUGGGCGGCAUGGAGCCACACCACAUGAACGGAUCGUUAGGGUCAGGUGACAUAGAUGGACUUCCCAAAAAUUCUCCUAACAACAUAAGUGGCAUUAGCAAUCCUCCAGGCACCCCUCGAGACGAUGGUGAGCUAGGAGGGAACUUCCUCCACUCCUUCCAGAAUGACAAUUAUUCUCCAAGCAUGACGAUGAGCGUGUGAUCCCCUCCUCUUCUCCGAGACGCAGAGAGAGCCGGCAUUGCGGGCGGGAAGAUGCCAGAAAUUAUGCAAGAAGAAGUGAGGUGUCAUUACCCAGGAGCUGGGGAGGGGCGUCUCCUACUCCCCUCAGCCCCCACCCUCCUCCUCCAGUCCCCCCACCUGUCCCAAUUUUAGUUUCAUGCAAUAAAAAGGCCGAACUUUUUAUUCCAUAAAACAUGAAGGACAAAACUCAAAAUAAAAAAUAUAUUUCAAGUCAA